AUGAAAACUUCUGAAAUCACAUCUUGGUAUAAUGAGAUCAAAACCAGAUGUCCUAAUGGAAAAAUGACCAAAAAAGAUAUGUUAAAAUGUUAUAGAGAUUUAAGCACGUGUGACAUGGAUAAAGUCGAACAUGUUGUGAGUGCAAUAUAUCAAGCAUUUGAUAUCGAUAACGAUGGCAAAGUCGAUUUUAGAGAAUUUGCCAUCGGCUUUUUACUAACAACAAAGGGAACGAUGGAAGAAAAACUCGACUACACAUUCCAACUUUACGAUAUUGAUAAAAAUGGUUAUAUUGAUCAAUCGGAAAUAGACACUAUGGCAAAAUAUGUAUUGAGAAUGUUAGGCGGUAAUGGUAAUGAAUAUGAAUCGAUUGAAUUGCUCAAGCAUUUUAUAAGCUCAUGUCAUUGUAACGAACAAGGACUUAUAACAAAAGAUAAUUUUAUUCGUGCUCUAUCAAAGAAUGAAUUACUUAGUCAACUGUUAUCUCCAUUUACUUGA